AUGCGAUGGCCACCAUGGAGUACCGAGUCAAGCAAUGACGAUAAACAACAUCCAGAGCGCACCUCCAAUUCCUCAAGCGCGUCGACCUACCCCACACCGACGACAAACAAGUCCGACUCGGGUCUGUCCUGGACCGGCUUCACAGAGUCCAGGACGCUCAUAUCGACCGUACUCUUGACAAGCGGCAUAUUGUUAGCUGUGCGAUUUCACCGCACCUACCUGCGCCGUAUCCCCGACGCGCCUAGCAUCUCACCCUCGUUCCUCCGGCGCCGCACCAUCUUCGGAAAGGUGACCAGUGUUGGCGAUGGUGACAAUUUCCGGAUAUUCCACACGCCUGGUGGCCGACUUGUGGGAUGGGGCUGGCUACCAUGGAAGAAAAUUCCUACUACGAAGAAAGAGCUGAAAGAUAAUACCAUUCACAUCCGUUUAGCAGGCAUAGAUGCCCCCGAACUCGCGCAUUUCGGCCGGCCCGAGCAACCAUUCGCCCGCGAAGCCCACCAGUGGCUCACCUCCUAUCUACAAGGCCGUCGCGUCCGGGCCUCCGUCCACCGUCAGGACCAGUACAGUCGUGUCGUGGCUAGUGUAUCCGUCCGGCGCGCCUUUGACUUUCCCCCAUUCCGUCGGAGGGAUGUCUCAUAUGAGAUGUUGAAGCGUGGCCUGGCGACGAUAUACGAAGCCAAGGUAGGCGCCGAGUUUGGAGGCGAAAAGCUGGAACAGAAGUACCGCCGCGCAGAGUGGUGGGCGAAAGCACGGUCCAGGGGUCUCUGGAAGGAUUAUCACCGUAAUGGGUCUAAUUGGGAAAGCCCGAGGGAGUAUAAGAAUCGGAUGGGAAUGGGUGACCCCUCUGACAAUGGCGGUAAUAAAUCAUAG